AUGCUUGGUAUGCGAUAUAAGCAGACGGCAUCAAUGGGUGACCUCGAUCGAGCAGUUAGCAUUACCAGCGAGGCGGUUGAUGCUACGCCUUCCAAUCAUCCGGAGCGCGCCGCCUAUUUAAUCGACCUUGGACAUAUGCUUAGCAUGCGAUAUAAGCAGACGGCAUCAAUGGAUGACCUAAAUCGAGCAGUUAGCAUUGCCAGAGUUGCAGUGGAUGCUACACCUCCCAACCAUCCGGGUCGCGCUGGUCGUUUAAGCAACCUUGGAAAUAUGCUUAGUAUGCGAUAUAAGCAGACAGCAUCAAUGAAUGACCUAAAUCGAGCAGUUAGCAUUGCCAGAGAGGCAGUUGCUGCUACGCCUUCAAACCAUCCGGGUCUCCAUGUCCGUUUAAGCAACCUUCAAGAUAUGCUUAGAAAGCGACCUGAGCAAAUAAGACCAAUAGACGACCCCAAUCGCGCAGCUAGCAUUGCCGUGAACAGGCACCUCCGCUUACUGGGCACGCCGGCAACAACAAGAAAGUGGCGGGGAAGUAUGAAAUACCUUGAUACCCGAACGAGAAACGUCAAUGACGUGGAAAGCCUCAUCUCUGGAGCUCCUGUGGACGAUGUAGGAUCUGGGAAAUACGACUCUGGGGGCUGGGAUGUGGAUUCGGAAAAGAGUGAAAAGGGUGCCGACUUCGAAGAAACAGACUUGGAAAGAAAGCCCGAUCAGCUCGAUGCGAUCGAAUUGGAAGCUGAAAACGUUGAUUGGGAUAGAAAUACCGUGGAGACCACUCAGUCUUUGACUUUCGACCAUGAUCUUCGGAGCGGGGGAACAUGGCCAUCUACAGUACCCACUUCACAUCCGGGAAUGAAAGGUCAAAGACCACGCCAAGUGUCUGCAAUCCCGGAAGCCGAGGAGCUGGAGAUAAAAAAUCGAAGGGAGGUUGAAUCCACUAACGCUGAGAGAUUGCUCAACUCAUACCCUUUAGCUGAAGAAGAAACAGAAGAGCAACAGCAUGUUACAGAUGACUGUGAUGUCGGAACUACCUACUCUGUUGACACGCUCCUAGAUGAGCCGAAGUUGCGUUACCUACAAGCCUUUGCAGAGCAACUUGCCAAGGACAUGAAGCAAAUUUCUGACGAAUUUUGCUUCGGUAGUAUUGAGGCAGAAUGCCUUGUUCCUAUGCUGAGGGAAUUCGCAUGGAAAUUACAUAGCGAGUCCUCAAACCCGUUCCAAUGGGAAGCAUCAGUUAUUAUCCAUAAAAAGCUGAAGAAUAUCAUCGAACUUCUAGUUCCCCGUCCACUGGAUCACGACGUUAUUGGAAGUCAAGAUAGCGAAAGCAAACUGAGUGAGGAUGAGGAUCAAGAUGAGUUUUCAUAUCGAGCAAUAUUCAGGAAAUCCAGGACAACGGUUAUGCAAUGGGUUUGCGACGUUGGAACAUUGCCCUAUGCAGGCGAAGAAUUGGGCCUGGCCACAGAGGACGGCUCUGUUCAGGACGAUAUUGAGCAUGAACAUGGCUCGAAAGAGCCAUUGCUUCGGCAGGCGCAUAGUCUUGAGAUCCUCCCUCAACUACCGGACUACGAGCAAUUCAUCCGAGUGUCCGACGCGUACCAAUGGCUUCUAACCAAGAUUCGACAGCACGGCCUUCUCACCUUUCAAGCACCAAAUACCAUGCUGGAGAUAGGAACUAAGAUUCGAAACCUGCUGCGUGGACAAGAACCCCUGCGCAAAAUGAGCAGUCGAAAGCCAUUAUCUAUGGUGAAGAUGACGUUCUAUUUUGAUUGGAACCUGUAUUGUUCAAUGCGUGAUGCACACUCUGCUUCCCCAUGUGAAGACGCUCUGGGAAGAAUGGUCUGCUUGACGGGGUCGUGGAACGAAGCGCAGGCCACGAUCAUGAAGGACUACAUGGAUCAAACAUGGCCUCGGUCUGGCGCUCUAAUCGCUCUGAUGCAAACCCUCCUAUCAACUCCCGAGGGGCAAGAAUGUUCUUACCAAGUUCAUGAAUCCAUUUCAUCCAAACACAAGAGUGGCGCCGGAGCGGCACGACUUACAGCCUGUGUCCAAUCUCCAUCCGUGUGCUGCAUUUCAGUGACUGGAAGCCUAUACUUUGUAUCUGAGAUUAGCGAACAAAUUGGAUGGUUAGCCUCAGUCCUGCAAUCUUCUUCGGAUCAUCACUGCCCAGUCGCAUGCACACCUAGUGUCAAUGAUCUGCGGGUGAACAUCCAGGAUGAAGGGUCCCAUGGACCGAUGGUAGUCGGGUCAUGCUACCUAUCUUUGAACUUGGAAACAGCAGAUAUAUCAGAACUAAGUCCUGGAUUCUGUUGGAGCCGCCUAUUCCAUAACCCUGUCUUAGUGCGCGGCUAUCCAAUUCUUCGAAGGACGCAGCCAAACACGGGCCUCGAGAUGUCCCUAGCCAACAUGGCCGCCAUUAUUGGCUCUCAGCAAGUAGUGCGGUGGGGUGAGCGGAUGAUUAUCAAAGGUUUCAACAUGCUCAUGAUUGCGACACUGGCAGCGGCCGAUAUCAUCGUAUGGCAUCUCCUUGUCAGUGAACAGCCGGAAGAGCGGAUUUCAUAUAUCGACCCCCGACUUGAUGCUCUGGGUAGCGGGGCUGCAAAGGGGAUCCCUCUUAGAAUGCUUGAAGAAAGACGUCAUGUUAUUGGAUGGUGCUCCAAAGUCACUGAUUUAUGUGGCGAUGCAACUGCAAAUCUGAAUAUUAAAUCUUCGGGAUUACGGGAGCCACCAGCAUCUAUUGUUAUUGACCGCCUAUAUAUUGAAGCAAGAGCCGAUUUCGGUGCUGGUUUAAACAUGAGCUUUAACCAGAAAGAGAAGCCAUUUUGGCUUAUGCGAGAGAAUGACUAUCCCAGCCUUCUCAAAUGGGUUGGUAUUCAGCCUAUUGUUUUCUACGACGUAGCAGAUCGCCGGGCUUGGCUCACCGACGGUGCCUCUGCAUUACUUCAUCUUGUUCGAGUAUCCCUAUACCUAGACGAAAAUGAUCCAGAAUCGGUGUACGAUUGGGUCUUCGACGCUACGCAACUCAAAGACAAGUGGCAUGGGUUUACCGGACGCCAAGCAGCCUUGAAGACCCUAAAGAGUUGGGACAAUCUCAAUCUCAACGUCUAUGUUGUUUGCAAGCAACGUCGCAGUGAAGGCGGAUUCGAGACCGAAUAUGCCACCCUCGAAACACGGGUUAAGAAGAUAUUGCACUCUAUUGAGAUACUGAUUGACAAGCAAGCCAUGAAUAGCUCACAGGAUGGUAUUCGGAUUCCGCAAACAUUGGACAUUCGUCGCGAUAUCAUUGGGUAUGAUAUCCAAGACAUCAUUGACCCAUGUAGUGCUAUACGUUCUCGCAUCAAGCACAUAGAUUCAUGGGGUCAUGGAUGGGUUGAUUUAAUCCCUUCUAUCGGCACGACCACCAUUUUUGGCCGGGGUUUUGGUGAUCUGAUUAGCCCUGAAGAACCGCACGCGCUGUGCAGCGAAUGGAAAUCCGUACCCAAAGGGAGAGAUUACAUGGCUUCUUCUGUUGCAACGUUGCAGAUGCUGUAUAAACAGCGCCUGCUUAGGGAGGAACCUGGUUUGAGUCCGGGAGAGAUGACGAGCAAGAUCGUUUGGGUCUCGCCGAAUCACCCGUUCAAAUCUUGUGAAUGCUUGCAGAGAAGCACCAGCAAUACCGAAGAUGGAGAUUUCCACACCGAUUCUGUACAAUUUCUCAUCGCCAAAAAAUCAUUCAGGUCACGCCUCAUGCUUCGCGGGUCGGCACCUGUAGACGUAAUGGCACUCGACGAGAAAGGGGCUGUAGUUUUCGGGCACAUUGCAUUCUUGAGCCGCAAGAGCGAGGGCAAAUUUGCUGUUGAACAGCAAGACGAGGACCUAGACGCAGCAUCCAGUGUCGCGCUGAGCAGUCGCGAAACAUUGCGGUCGUCUUUGGCGAGUCCGGCCACCAGCGAGUCGAUUAGAUCUGCAGGGUCAACAACUAUCACAUCGCCGAGUUUGAAGGCAUCUCUGAGUGUCGAAAUUCGGGGCGAGAGCAAUUCGCCGAGUGAUAGCAACGACAAAAGCGAUAAAAAGGGUAAAGGAUGGAUGGGUUUCAUGAAAUUUUUGAGGUAA